AAUUAGUUCAAAAAAUAUAUAAAUAGGGGGCAAAUCGUUCAGCUAUGUUGGCAUUGGCCGUAUUUUAAUUUUUUAAUAGUUAGUGCGUUUUGAUUCGUCACUGUCAUUGUAGAUAUUUGUUCAUAUUGGCAAAUAAAAGUAACGGAAGAGCAAGAAAAUAUUUGUUUAAUUUCGCAAAAUAAAAAGUACUUAUUUUAUUUUUGUGACGUGUAAAAAUGAGCAUUUCUUUGUUAAAAAUUGCGAGGUGUGAUAAAUAAGUAUAGUGCAGACCUGGAUUUUACCCAUUUCAGCUCUAGUCAUGUCUUUUCCUUGUAGUAACUGCUAUAUGCAAUUGAACUGAGUGUGUAAAGUUAUCAGUUAACCAGUAUUAUUAAACAAUUUAAGUUUGUGCUGUUUUAUUUGGAGCGUUAUUAGGUAAUCAAACAACUAUGCAGCGUUGGUUUUUCUUAGAGGACCCAAGUUCUUCCGAAAUUCGCAAUGGUAAACCCGAAACCAGAGUUUCAAGUACCUCACUAAAGUCUGCUGAAUACACACCUAAAAAGUGGUUGUUCCGUGUUAGAGUGCGUGAAGUAUUACGAGGCGAUGAAAAUGUUUGUGUUUGUGGAGACUUGCCAGAGCUGGGCUCUUGGCAGCCAGAAAAAUGUGUACCCUUAAUAAGGGAGGAAGAUUCAGACAUUUGGUCUGCAAUUAUAGAAAUACCUGAAAAAAAGAAGGUUGAGUUUAGGUACUGUGUUUGUAUACUGGUGGAACUUGGUAUACAAGUAAUAGUGAGAAGCUGGGAGACAAAUCUUCAAGCUAGAUCUGUUGAUUCGAUAUCUGGUAAUUCUCCUACAUUACAUGAGGAGCCUCAUGAAUAUGGAUGUUAUGGUGAUGCUGAACAUAUUGAUAGGGGUUGGCUAAGCAAAGAAACUGUCAUUCAAUUGAAACUCUGCAAUAACCCCUUAGUACUCUUUAGGCCAAAGUAUCAAAAUAGGAAUAUAAAUAUUAAAGUGACUCCUGUAAGUUUGACACGCUCUAACACUGGUUUUGCCAAGACUAUGUCCGAAGCUCUAGAAGAAUCUUUAAGUGCAGAUACUCAGGAUUCAGUCGAGGCUCCCAGACAUGCUUUCACAGAAGUAGCUAGCUUAAAUGCAGAGGAUCCUAGUUUUUAUCCUCAAAACCAAUUUGGCAAUGAGUUGGUUAAAGAUGAUAUGUUAAUUUUCCAAUCUACAGUGUUGUUUCCCUCUACUAUUGCUUUCUUAAUUGAUCUCUAUAUAUACAGCUCUCGUUCUGGAGAGGGAGAGCCUCCUUAUCAUGCGGGUUUUAGUUACCUCCUGCCUUCAGUAUUACAAGGAUCUGAAGGUAAUGUAGUGUUACCAGUUACAAGUACAAAACACCGUCCUUUGGGUGAAAUUAGGAUAGAAUAUUUAGUGAUUGGUCCGAUGCCUAGCUUCAAAUGUGAUAUGUUUAUUUCUUAUGCAAGGCAUUGGAAAAAAACCAGAUCCGGCCUUGAUGUUGGUCAUAGAGGUUCUGGUUCUAGUUUUAAAACAAAAGUACAAAAUUGUGCCGAGGUUAGAGAAAAUACCAUAGCUAGUCUGAAGAAUGCUAUCGAGCAUGGAGCUGAUUUUGUGGAGUUUGAUGUACAGUUGAGUAAAGAUUUAGUGCCUAUAAUUUAUCACGAUUUCCAUGUUUGUAUAUCCAUGAAGCGGAAGAAGGAACUAGCAGAAACUGAUAUGCUGGAGAUACCAUUGAAAGAGCUGACAUUGGAUCAGUUGAGGUUGUUAAAGGUUUACCACUUGACAGAAGGUAAAUCUAAAAACCAAAGGUUCUUUGAUGAGGAACUAGAUGAUCACCAACCAUUUCCCACUCUUCAACAAGUCUUAGAGACUCUGGAUAGCCAUACUGGAUUUAACAUCGAAAUCAAAUGGACUAUGCAAUUAAAUGAUGGAUCCUACGAACUGUACCAUCCAACUGAUCUUAAUUUGUACCUGGAUACGAUACUCGAUGUAGUGCUUCGAUAUGGUGGUGAUAGAAGGAUAAUAUUUUCCUGUUUCAACCCGGAUAUCUGCCAAGUGAUCCGGUUGAAGCAGAAUAAAUAUCCUGUGAUGUUCUUAACCGUCGGCGAAAGCCAGAUUCAUGCUAAAUACAGGGAUCCAAGGUGUUGGUCAAUUCCGGCUGCAGCGCAAUAUGCAAAGAUGAUCGAGAUCUUGGGAAUUAAUGUACAUACGGAAGACCUGUUGAGAGAUUCUAGCCUAGUUAAACAUGGUGCUGCUCUUAUACUCUUCUGUUGGGGCGACCAAAACGCAGAUCCUGCCACCAUAAAGUACCUGAAACAGCUUGGUCUUCACGGAGUCAUCUACGAUAAAAUCCACGAGUACAGCAACAAGGAGAUAAAAGAAAGCAUCUUUAUGGUGGAAGCCAGAGAGUCACAAAAAGAAUUAAUUCGUCUCGCUGCUGCAACUUCGGAAACGCCGCAAAGUCCACUUCCACAAGCUAUCAUCAAAGAACCUGUACUGGAUUUCCAAAUGGUGAAAGGACAGUUGGGAGAUAAGAUAUCCACGGCAACUUCUCUGGAGUCUCUAGAGAGUCGUCUGUCUGAACAAGACGAGAUCAAAAAGUCGUGUUAGGUAGCAAGAAAAAACAAAUACACGCAAAGAAAAAAAUUGGAUGCAAAUAUGUCAAUAAAAAAGAAAAAAUCUAGCUAAUAUUAAACGUUGAAUUUGACGAACUUAGUUUGUUUACAAAAUUUUAUCGUUGCGUUUCAAGUCGGAUUAUCGGAACAAACUUAUUAAACUCAAGGUAAUCAGCUUUUGCUUAAUUUACUUACUGUUAUCUAAUAUAUUCGAAUUAUAGAAUGGCCCACUAAUAAAAAAAGCGAUGAUCUACUGUUUGAAUAUGAGUGUGUCUGACAACGUAGAAUCAAAAUUUAACUGUCAGAUGACUCUUAUUUUGGCCUCCACAGUUGUUGCUAAAUGCAGUUGCCUGUUUCACAGAUAGGGGAAGGCUUCUGAUAUAUUUUAGGAGACAAGAUAAUAUUUUCUGAUAUCCUCGUGACGCCUGAUCUACGUAUCACAUAAAUAAAUGGGUCGUUCCAGUCUGUAGGUUAUGGACCCCUAAGUCAUACGUCCAUAGUUGCUUUAAAUAAUAUUCUUUAGAAGUUUCCCACUUCCUAGCAUCCUUUAGGUCAUGAGACCCAUCACACAGCCACCUUUACUUCCAAGCCAUGAAGUAAAAAUGGCAACACUGCAUUCUAUGACGUCGGUAGUCCGAUUUUCUAGUAAGGUCUACUAGAAAAUUAAACUAAUUUCAAUUUUAGGAAACUGAUAUUUUGAAAACUUCAAUUCAUUAAAGAAAUAUUUUUAGGGAAAUUAAAUUAAGAAAACCUAUAUAUACCUAAUAAUAAUAAUAUAAAGUUUUAUUAUUAUUAAGGUUAUAUUAUAAAUAAAAUAAUCAUCAUCAUCAUCAUUUUUGGCUCGACAAUCCUCUGUGGAUCUUGGCCUGCUCUAAGAUUCGUCGCCAUUCUGUUCGGUUUUGGCAACAUGUUGCCAUCUUCUGAUUUUUAAUAUUCGUAAGUCGAUUUCUACUCCAUCUAACCACCUAAUUCGCGUCGACCUUUGCUUCUUUUUCCUACAGGUGUUCCUGUGGUAGCUUUUUUAGCAAUGGUAUUUUCUGGCAUUCGUAUUAUGUGUCCAGCCCAUCAAAUGAAAUAAUCAGUAAAGUAAAAUUUAUUGCACUUAAAAUACAGUUCAAACAGUUAAUCUCACAUUCAAAUGCAGUCAAGAAUCUCUAGAAAUUUUAAAUAUUAAGUACAUUAAGCAUAUAAAUAACACAAUUAAAAUUAACACAACAUUUCAAAAAAUUAUAAAAAUACAGAAGAUAUAAAAGUUAGUGUAAGUAAAAACAUAGUGUAACUAUUAUAUCAAAAAAUUCAUCCUAAGAAAUCAGACACAAUAUAAAUAUGGUUCUUAAUAUUAAUCUCAUAGAGGAAUUAAAUAUUUUACUAUUUACUGUAAACUUUUGUUGAAUUUUCAUACUUAGGUAAACGAAAGUAGCAAUUUGAAAUAUGAUAAGGUUUUUUGUCAUAUAGACCAAAUACAUAAGUUUAAAGAGGUAUAACAUGAAAAAUGUGUUGAAUGUAACAUACCAUUUAUAACUUGUAUAUCGAUGUUAAAUAGCCUAUAGCCCCUUGAAUAUUCUCAAAAGAUUUUUGAAUGUAAUACUCAAAUUUGUUAUCACUUAUCUAAAAAGCAGAACUACAUCGAGAAAGUAAGUUCUCUAAUUGUGACCAUCUUGUUAAUUUACUAUUUUGUACAAUCCAUUUUAAAUCAUUACUAUACUCCAUUCCACGAAUAUAUGACUGUUAAAUUCGGGUUUAAGGUGUCGAUUUAAAUGGUCCAAUGUACUGAAUUGUACAAUGGUAAAUUCUCCCCAUUUUUAAAAUACUCUUAUGACAGAUAUAAAGCUUAGAUUUAAAUAUGAAGUCAUGAUAUAAAUAUAGAGUUGAUAGUUUGUAGAACAGUUGUAAUUCAGAUUUUGAAGUAUAUAAUUACUAUUAGUGAGUUUAGUAUUGUAAACAAGUUAGUUUUUAAAUUAAGUGAUUUAAACGAAAUGUAACAAUACCUAACUGAUUGAAUAGUGUAAUUUAUGUAGACGAAUAUUCAAUUAGUAUUAAAAAACAAAAAACUUACUUAUUCUCUUAUUCCCCUAAUCGUUUAUACUCCACUCAAAGCAAACAAAUAUUUAAAACUAACAAAGUUAAAUACUAACUAAACUAACCAAGUGAAAUAUUAGAUUUCUUUUUCGGCUUCUGAACCAUCGUUUUGUCAAUUUCCUUUCAAUUAUAUUAAAAUAGUAUAUUUCUUUUUAUUACAGUUGUGGUACCUAAUAAAGUAAUAAAACAGUGUAAUAUAAAAGAAACUCGGUACGCCUCUUUCGGUGUUUACAUUUCACGGAAAUCCAACCCAGAUGUCUGAUGAACACCUUUGGCUUAUAGACGACAUUGUAUUUAUUUGAAGGAGCGGUUGCACAAAAAUUUUUGAUAUUUUCGGAUUACAUUUUACAUUAAAUUUUGCGUCUAUCCGAACUUCUAUUAACUGAAAUAAUUUUAGUUUAGACGUCAUACUAUCAUAUAUAUUAUAUCAUAGAUCCUUUUUAUUGGAAUAAUAAUUAGACCAAUUUACUUCAUACUUGUACGUGCACAGUAAAAUAUUCAUUGUCGCAAUAAUCCAAAACAGUCGUAUAUUCGUGGAAUAACCUAUACUUAAUCUAUUCUUACCUACAUUGACGAUUACACUAAAAUUACUGCUAACUAUUUCACUACUUAAUAUUAUCACACUCAUGUCCUAACUGAUUAAUGUUUAACACAUAGAAAUAUACACAGUUACUUGUAAUUUUACUCGUCCAGUUUUUCAAUGGAUAUUACUGUCUAAGUCUCUUUAAAUCAUUGUCUCAGAAUUCUGUUAUUCGUUGUUCCCUCUUCUUAUCUUCUCAUUGUUCAGUUUCGCUGAAUAUCAUCUUCAUGAAAAUGUUGGGCACAUACUACGGAAGAUUUGGUAAUUGUAUAGCCUUCUCUAUGAAUAGAGCAUAACCAAGUAUACCUUCUUUGGGAAUCUUUGGGAAACGAAAAUGUACUUUCUGCCUGUUUCGUUUUUAAAGUACUGGCAUAAUAGGUUUUGCAACCAGGUAAACAACAAUGCCGGGGCAUCUGUAACAAAAAACAAAAGUAUUAUUAUUGAUUUCAGUUUAUUUUGUAACAAAAGCAAAAGAUUAUUACUGUUUUCAGUGUGUUUUGUAGGUUAUAUUUAUACUUGCCUUUUAGAUUGUCGUUUAAGAAUCUUCUAAAAGUUCUAAACUUAAUGAAAUUGCACUUAUAUUAAUAUUUUCUAAUUGAUUUAAACACAAUUUACAAAUAAAACAUUCGAAUAAAGUUAAAAAAACACUAAAUUCAACAAACUUCACAAGUCUUCCUAUGUGAAAUGUUAAACACAACAAACCACGGUCGGACUACCACGCGUUGUUGCCAAAUUUCUACUUCAUGGCUUGGAAGUAAAGGUUGCUGCGCCCAUCUCCAUUUCCAACCCCAUCUUUGGCCGUUCUUACGGCUUCCGCCUUGAACAAGUGAAAGUCUUUUUAUGUCUGAGCUAAAGCGUUUUCUUCUGCCGAACCUGAUUUAUAUUUAUCUGAAAUUUGUCACAUUUAUCAGAGGUAUGUUUACUUGGACUUUCGAAACUAAGGUUGAACUGAGUAUUAAAAAUAUUCCUGUAAAAGCUUUCACUUACAGGUUCUUCCUGUUUUUUCUUGUUACAGAAAUCAAGUUUGUACAUUAUUUUCAAAUUACACUUGAACAUAGGGGGAUUUUAUUUCUCCCCCUGAAUAUGUUGCUAACUGCUUAUUGAAGCAGUACCUUCGAUUUUGGUUCUAUGUAGUUAUAAUAAAAUAAAAUUGGUUACCUUAUAUUUUGGCGAUCACACUCUCGUAAUUACUUUAAAUUACACUUAAUAAUUAAAACUAUAUUUUUUUUUAUAUAACACAAAAUCUUUUGUGGAGAAAUGAGCGAUUUAUUUUAAAAGUGACAAAUAUUUAGAGUUAUUAAAAUUGACAAAUAUUAGAGUAAUGUCAGAAAUUAUAGAAUGACUGUUGUCGACGUCAUAAAGGUUAAGAAGGGAAUUUCUCGCAAUUAUGUGCAGCAAAUAGAAACAGCAUCUGUCUUGCAUUAUCGGCAAUUCGACCUAUGAAUUUUUUAGGUUGCGAUAUGCAACAUAGUCCCCCCCUUGAUGUGAACGCAUC